AUGACUAGAUCAUUACAUUCAAAUGAUUUAAAUACAACAACAACAUCAACAGAAACCAAUGGAUUAGUAUUAUCAACACGUACAACUCCAAACAUUCAUUUGACAUACAAUAAUCAUAAUUUAUCAGAUUUUAGAAUUGAAGAAUUUAUAAAUAAACAAUCUACAACAGAUAUUCAUUCAAGUCAUAUUAGAGAUGAGAAAAAAUAUAAACAACAUAGUAAGUUAUUUUUACUUAUUUCAAUUAUAUCAGCUACUUUAAUUAUCUUAUUUGAGGCUUAUAUGUUUGCAGUUUUGAAUAUUCAUAAACAUGAUAUCUAUGAUGCAAAAUACAUUGAAAUUUCAAUUUAUCUUGCCCUUUUCAUAUUUGCUGGGGUUUAUCAAAUUAUCGUCAGUUUAAUUGCAAUUUAUUCUACUAAUUUAUUAUUAUUGGUUUUUUUAAUGUUAUUUUAUGGGAGUAUGAUGAUUUAUACUGGAGUUCAAUAUUAUGAAAUGAGUUCCAAAAUCACAAUGAUAUUAAAAGGAGACUGGAGCAAGAUAAGUUAUGGUUUGAAUAUUGCUACUAUUGGAGUAAUUGGCUUGACUUUGGUUCUACAAUCUUUUGUUGUAUAUUUUGGUUUGAAAAGGUAUGUUUCCUGGUUUACAUUUAAGAAAAUUGGUGCUGAUUUUAAAUUGAAACGGAUUUAUAAAGUGUUUCAAAUUCAUAGGUCAGUGUUGUUACUUGAUUUCUUCUUCUUUGUGGGGUUUACUGUCCAGUUUUUGAUCAUUAUGGUAAAUAAAAAAGAUUCACAAGAGUUCAUAUUGACUAUUAUUGUAUUACCUUUGACUAUUAUAACCUUAUUAAUUAGUGAUAUUUCAACAACUAGAGAAUGGUAUUACGGGACAAUCUUAGUUGUUUGUAUAUUUACUUGUGGAAUAAUCUUUGUUUUGUUCAAAUUAAUUAGAAUGUAUACUAAAAAUACAUCAGCUUAUGGAUUAGCAUUGACUACUGGUGGUUAUUUCCUUGGUAAGAAUUCAUUAUUGAUAUUUGGUAUAAUUACACUGAUUUUAUUAGUAACUACAAUCAUCUUAGAAAUUUGGGUAACGUUCAAUUAUAACAAGGGGUUGUUAAAUUUCGUCAAUUCAAAUUAUAAAUAUAUACCAGGAUACAAGUCGAAACAACAAGAAGAAAUAAACAUAGAUGAUGAAUGUAAAGAUAGUAUUGAUUAG